AUGGGAUUAAAGUUCUUUGCGGCCCUAUUCGUGGUUUGGACAGCUUCUCAGGGCGAGGCACUGCUGGAUCAUGAGCAGCAUCAGGCCGUUCGAGAUCUCAGAAACUCGUCGCGACCACUUGUGCAGUCGACAUGUAUGAGCGGAUCCGAUCUUUGCGUUCCUACAAGCGCUACCCAUUACAAGAACACAACGAUCGUCCCAUCUUCCGAGACCUUCCUGACACAUGAGACGGCUACGUUCAGUUUGACCAACUCCCCGAGACCUCAAGAAUCCCCUCCCCAGUUUACUUGGGCCAACACUUCCAUGCCCCUGACUUCGACAAGCUACCGUAACGUUCCAUGGACGAACACCAACAUGAUAUCGUUCGGCAAAGCACCCACGCCAGUUUCGACGUCAGAAAGUUUUCCUGCUGAAUCUUCCUUGACAUCAUUGGCGGUGGUCCCGCACCCGUCAACAACAUCGUUGCAAAGACCCAGACCCAUACCAUCGUCCUUGAAUGACACUCCAACAAGUUCCGGCCUCGCCAUACCGACAUUGCCCAUGAAUUCUUCACUGCCGACUGUUCCCAGAAUAUUGCCUCAGAUGCCGAUGCCAACGGCGAGUUGGACUCCGGGUACCAAUACCAUACAGACGAUGCCUAUAGUCAGCUCUUCGGUUUCAACAAGUGACCACCCAACUAUCACGGCUCUUCCGCCAGGUGCCUCACUGUUUACUGUCACUGGGAUCACGCUAGCCACUCCCCACUACGUCACAACAACAUCGCCUGGUGGCAGUGAUCCAACCAUAGUCCCGAUCAUUUUUCCGUUUACUGGACCUCCUCUUAUCUGUUUUGGGUGCUUCAAAAGCUUCCCCCCCAAUAUUGCCAUCAAGCUUCCCCAGUUCUGCAUCCGGCUCUUGGGACUCAGGAUUGGCAACUGUCCAACGGACGACAAGAAGGACGACAAAGAUGGUGGUGAAGACGAUGGAAAGGACGACGACAAGGAAGUUGGAAAGGAUCACGACAAGGAAGACAGCAAUGAUGAGGAUGACGAUGACAAGAAGUCCAGCAAAGCGAAUGCUGCAACAUCCACCACCUCAACUUCAUCUUGCAUUGUCACUGUCACUGCUACCCACCAGACAGUUUUCUGUUCCAUCACCAGAAGCGUCAACGACGGUACGCAUACGUAUACGGACGCCAAAACGACGUGUCUCACCAGCGCGUACACCACCAUCACCAGCUGCAACGUCCUCAAUUCGGUAGCCACAGUGACCACCACAAGGACCUCUGAUCGGAGGCCGUCGGAUCCCCUUUGUGGUCCCGGUUGUGGCAACGGAGCAUGUCAAGCUAUCCAGCCGCCUGGAUUAGCGGCUGCAGAUGCCGCUCGCCCCCAGAAGCCGGAGCGCAGGUCGGCGGGCCCAAAACUCUUGAGCCGCGGAGAACCAAGCCGUGGAGAAUGGAGAGAUCCAUCCGACUAUCCGGGAGGGCAUCACGAAUUCAUGCAGAUGGAAUUUGAUUACAUGCGCAGGAGGAUGAACUUCGGACUCAGUCACCACAACCCUAAGCUUGUGCUCGAUGGGCCCCCAAUGCCGAACGAGCGUGAGAGCCUGACGACAGUCCGGUCCAACUGGGUCUUGUUUCAAGACAAGGUUGAGACUCUGGCCAUCGAGGGUCUCGUAGGGUGCACGGUGGUGUUGGUCAUCAGCGACCGAGGCGCGUGGAUGGGCAAGUUCUACGAGAAGACAAUCUCCAACGCCACACUCUUCGCCGAAGCCUUGUCUGGGUGGAGGACCGGACGACAAGCCCAAGACGAUUGGACCAAGUAUGCUCGGUAUGGAAUCGACGAUCUCAGGAACCAUCCCGAGCGCAGAGAUAUCGGAGAAAUCUUCGGCUCAGACGACGACGCGGUGGCAUUCCCCCUCCGCAUCCUUGUACUCACCCCCCGUCGCCGAGUUGUGGAACAUGGUGACGGAAGAAGCGCGGGGCCACCGGUACAGCUCGAUUACGAAGAAGGCGGUAUGCCCGUAUAUCCGCAAGUCAGGCGCAUCGUAGACGAUAUCCUUGAAGCGAUUCCCCAGCGUUAUCAUUAUGAGUCACUCAUCCGGUUCUAUCCCCAAGAGCAGCUCACCGAAGAAGAACGUUAUCACAGAGAAAACGGCGAACUGAGCGACAUGUACUGGUCGAACAUGCUCCAAGACAGAAUUCUCCACACGGCUAAAGGGAAGGUCAUGCUACAGUACCAGCCAGCAAAUCGCUGCACAGAUGAUGCCUCGUGGCGCAUAUGGGUUGAUGACUAUGCUCAUUUCAGAACACCGUCCAGUGCGCAGUUCCAGGACGAGUGGUCUGCGCUAGACGGCCAGUUCUUUUCCGAUGAAUUACGCCCGCAGUAUCCAGGUGAACUAUACUCCAGACAGGAAUGCCCGAUCAAGGGAAAACCUGCAUCUGGCGGCGGAUCCAUGAGCUCGGUAUCACCUUCAUUGGCGACCUCAGCCGGGCAAGGGAUGCCCGGAGCCCCGGUCAACGGUGGCCGAGUUCAACUGUUUCAAGGACGCCGACUACGACAAGACGUUCAAUUGUAUGGCCGGGUUGGAUAG